UUCAUAGCUGCUCUGUAUCAGUUCGACAAGAACACGUAAACGGUAAUCAGUAAUUAUCUCUACAUAGUUACUUAACUUAGGUAGUGCGCGCGCUGUUUUGAGUCCUUACUUUUGUGUGCGCGCGCUCCUUGAGUUUCUCUCUGAACAGGUUUGACCAGGAUACACCUGCGGGAAGAAAAAGGAAGGUCUGUGAGCCUCCGCGGUAUUCUUCACUUCAUCUUUGACCUUUGUGGUCGACGGACGCACAGAAAACCGACUAGGAAACUUUAUUCUUGAAUUCAUUUUUGAGAAUUUCAUCAUGAAAAUUUGGAUUGCUCUCGUCCUCGCUGCUUUUGCGGCGGGAGCCUCAGCUCAAAGCUGUACAUGUGAAACCUUGAAGUGGGCUACCUGUGAUGGAAACCCAUGUUCUUGUACCAUUCUUGUUGACAACAACGUGAAACAAACACUGGACUGCACCAAGUUGAUCCCCAAGUGCUUCCUGAUGAAGGCUGAGAUGUACAGAGCCAAAAAGGGGCUGGACACUCGCACAAUUGGAGGAAAACCAGUUGAAACUGCCUUUGUGGACAACGAUGGCAUCUACGACCCAGAGUGCGAGAACGACGGCAAAUUCAAGGCCAAGCAGUGCAACAACACAGAGGAGUGCUGGUGUGUCAACAGCGCUGGCGUGCGUCGAACUGACAAGGGAGACAAGAAUCACAAGUGCGAGGAGCUGGUGGAGACCUACUGGGUCCGUAUCCAGCUGACUCACAAACCAGUGACAACUCCACUGAAUGCUCCCAAUUUGAAGGCUGCCAUUGCGGAUGCCAUUCACAAGCGUUAUGACAACUUCAACAAGGACAUGGUGGAGGAAGUCCAGUAUGACCCUGAUGCCCGCCUCAUUGUGGUGGAUGUGAAGAAGCCAAUGGGAGAACGCAAGAGUGACCUGACCAAUAUGGCCUAUUACAUGGAGAAAGAUGUCAAGGUGCUGCCCCUGUUCAAGAACCAGGACAAGUUUGAGCCCACUGUGGGCAGCCAGAAGCUGGAGAUGGAGAACAUCCUGGUCUACUAUGUGGACGAGAAGGCCCCCACUUUCACCAUGAAGAACCUGACAGGCGGGAUCAUUGCCGUCAUCGUGGUGGUGGUGCUGGGCGUGAUUGCCGGCCUACUGAUCCUGUUCUUUGCCAAAAGGAGACAGAGUCAGCGGUACAACAAAGCUCAGCAAAGAGAGAUGGAGGCCAUGUGAAGUCCUCAUGGCAACGGGAAUCUACGAAGAGUCAGCUUGUACAUCACCUUUUUGGAUGAACUUUUUUUUUUUGUAGUGGGAGUGUGCCAUUAUACAUCAUUUUACUUGAGGAAUGCAGAUUGUAAAGGAACAUUCAACUUUUGCUUUGUUGACAUUUUCGUUUUGCUGGCACCGCCAUUUUAUUUAUGAAUUGUGUGAAGUCUAAACACAUCAUCCAAUCUAUUGGCCAUAAAGAACUGUGCUUUUUAAAAUAUGGUUAGUGGCACAUGCCACAUUUUAAUGUUAGAACUUGUUUGAAUGGUUUAAAUUCCAUGUCAUAGAUUGUACAGAUUCUUUCUUACUAAUGUGUGUGUGUGUGUGUGUUUGAUGGAUUGUUUUUAAUAAAAAUGUUUUAAAAGGC